AUGUUUCCUUUUACAAUCGUUUUUAACUCCAGGGAUGUGCACCUCGAAAGGAUAGCUGCCAGGCUUCAAAAUGAAGGACAUGAAGUGACCUUGCUUGUUGCCAACCAUUACAAAUCUACUCGUGAUUUAGCAGGUGUGACUCUUUUAAGGCUUCCUGCUUUAUUAAAAGCAAAAGAUGACAAAGAAGAUGAAUCAUUGAUUUCUUCACCACUGGUCAAAGUUGGCAAAGACCCAAUUACCUGUUUCAGAGAUCUUCUUGAAGAGGAUCUGAGGUUGUGCGACGUUCUUUUUAAAGACAACCACGUCCUGCAAAAACUGAAGGAGGCUAACUACUCACUUUUACUGUUUGACUGGGAAAAUCUUGGGGCAUCAGCUAUAUUAGCUCAGUUUCUGGCAAUUCCAUCUAUUUCCCUCAGUUAUCAAGGAUUUACAGAAUAUUGGUUGAUAACUCACCAACCGUCAUUCUACGCUUACACCCCUCAUUAUCUCAGCCGUUUUUCAGACCACAUGGGAUUUUGGGAGAGGCUAGAAAACGUAAGGAUGAUGAUAAGUGAUAACCUUUUGUAUGAUGAAUUCAUUUCGCGUGCUGAGGUUUUAAAAUUGAGACAUUUCCCGAAUUCCAGUUGGCCGCACCUAAGGUACGCACACGAACGUGUGUCGAUGCAUUUGAUUGCGCAUGCCCACUUUGCCUUUGACUACCCGCGUCCAAUUAUGCCGCACGUGCAGACUAUCCCCGGUCUUCUCUGGAACCCGCCAAAACCGCUUUCUAAACCGUUUGAAGAUAUAAUGACAUCUGCCACAAAUGGCGUCAUCAUUGUUAGUUUUGGUACGGGAUUCCCUACUCUGCCGAAAGCUAAGGCGGAGAUUUUCGCCAAAGUAUUUGCCAAACUUUCUCAGACGGUAAUAUGGCGCUACGUAGGACCCCCUCCGAGGUCGCUUGGAAACAACACUCACCUUGUGAAAUGGAUUCCACAGAACGACGCCCUUGCACACCCGACAACCAAGCUGUUUAUCACUCACUGUGGCGUUAGUAGCACGUGGGAGACCCUAUACCACGCCGUACCUGUGGUGGCCAUGCCACUCUUGUGGGACCAAUACCAGAAUGCUAGAAAAUUAACUGAACGCGCUAAGAUGGGACAGACUGUCUCGUUCCUUACUCUUACUGAGACUGACUUAGAGAAUGCCAUCGAAAAAGUUUUAAAGGACAGAUCUUACAAAGAGAACGCUCAAAAGAUGUCUGUGCUUCUUCAAGAUACCCCCUGGACGGGAUAUGAAGAGUUGUCGUAUUGGAUAAACUACGUCAUACGUCACAACGGGACUCUGUUCCUUCAUUCACAGCCUCAGUACCUACUGACAUGGUACCAGUAUUUUCUGAUUGAUAUCAUUGUGUUCGUCACGGGGUUAUGCUGCCUGGUCAUUGUCGGGACCUUUAUAUGUCUGGUCGGCCUAUGGCAAGUGCUUAAGCUGCUUUUGACAUUUCCCACCAGAAAAAUUAAAAAUGCUUGA